AUGGAUCUUCCUAGUACUGCAAUUUUUAUGAUAUCUACUCUUGUAGCGUUAGCUGUUUUAAUUAUCGAACUAAUUGUGGUGUGGUUCAACUCAUUACUCGAUGAUUCUUUAAAUACACACGACGACUUUGAAGGUGUUGAGUCAAUCAUCCCUGCAGGUAUUAGUGGUCCACUAUGGGAAAAUCGUCGUGUAUUGUUUGACGAAAGAAUGCAGAUGGAUGACAGAGUUUAUCAAUUAUUACGAAAAGGCUUUGAUAUAGAAGAAAUUUUUCGCCUAGUAACACUAAUACAAAACGGAACUGUCACUCGUGACAUGCAAGACAGAGCUCCAAGUCGAAGAAUUAAAACAAAUUUAAUUAUUUUAUGCGGAAAGCCAGUGAAUGUCCACUUCGAUCGCGAAUCAUUACAACGCACUUUUGCACGUCCUGUCAAUAAUUGGCAUCUGCUUUCUGCUGUUAUUCUUUCUUUGCUUCUUCCUCUUGGAAUAACAAUAUCUAGAACACUUAUUCCCAAUUAUUUGACAUGGUAUUCGUCAUUGAUAUCAUCAAUGGCCAUUUUCUCAUUGUUAUUACCUCCACAAUGCGAUCCUUAUUCGACAUCUUUCACAGAUCCUUAUAUUUCAUAUUCGCGUGCGUCAGUAGCUGUAUCCAUGGUUGGAUCAGCUUGUAUAUUAUUAUUUCUCGAAAAAUACGUUCCUACGAAAGUUAAUGUUUUAAAUUUCGAUUUACAAAUGCCAAGUAUUCUGAAUCUCGGCGCACAUGUAUUCUACCUUUGUUUCCUUUUAUAUCCAUUAGGUUUUAUGAUCGGAAUUUUUGGACAUCCGAUCACAACUUUACAUUGGCUGAUAGAAAGCCUUAACAAAUACUUAUUUGGUAUCAGCGGGUCAACAAACAUCAAGAAGAGCCUUGGAGCAUUCUUCUCUUCCCUUUUAAUGGUGAUUAUUGUCGUAUUAAUCUUUUACAUCGACAAUGCUCCAAUUGCUGUUGGUCUGGCCAUGUUCUUUGUAACGUUCUUUACUCAAUUUUCAAUAGCAGAUAACUGCCAAACGUUCAUGAAACGACAUUUGGUUUCUGCAAUCAUUUCUGCUUCAUUGUCAGGUGCUACAGCACUUUCUAACUGGUUGAUUAACGAAAAGGCGAUACCUUUUGUAUUAAUUUGCAUCAUUUUGUGUCAUGCGAUUAUUGAUAUCAUUUUUCCAUACGUAACAACGCACCAGAAGUAUGUUUUUGUGCAUGGAAAAAUCAUAUCAUAUACAUUCCUCACGAAAUAUGCUCAUUAUAUUACGAAUUUCCUCACAGGACCAGCUUAUAUUUCAAUUUCACUUAUUAAGUACAAAGUUUAUCCGGUAGCAGGUGCAAUUAUUAUUCUCCAUGGACUUAGAUUGUCACAGACAUUACCACAUAUUUUCUGCAUCGCUUUAAUUCUCUCAUAUUUCUUAUUAUUUAGAGAAGUCGGUAACAAAAGUCUUUCUACCGACUUGUUUAUAUCACUUAUAUUAUCAAGGAAGCUUAUAAAAGUCACAAGAUUCCUCAGAUUGUGGUUUAAAGCAAGAUGGGUUUCUCCGACUAUUUAUUCUGAUCCAUUUCUCAAUAAAUGGGAGUAUGCGAAGAGCGCAAUAAUCACUACAAUCGUUUCCUACAUCCCACAUCCCUUAAAUGUCAUCAGCGGCCCCGCAUUAGGUUGGUCAUUACUUACAGGAGCUCCGUUAUCAAUUUCCUUUGGUUACAUCGGUCUUUUCUUCUUCUCCCCACCGCGGCCGAACUCUUUUUAUGACUUUAUCGAUGGAGAUGUUCCGCAUGAUGAGUACAUUAAGUCAUCCAGUGACUAUCCCCUUGAAGCGCCAACAUAUUUGAGCCUCAGUGAAGCUCUCCAGAAGGAUUUCGGAAACAUGGUCAAAGAUGGAAAACUUGGUCUAGUGAAUGAUGACUCUUUCUUCUUAAUGUUAUGCGAUGACCUUAUGGCCAUUGUCCAUGUCAUAGCAUUGGAAGCAAAUAAAGUCAGUUUCCAGGUUCGUGGCCUCGAAUAUAUCUCCCAAACUUUAUGUCAUGGCGGCGAACUCUCUGUUUUACAGCAGAUUGUGCUCGAACAUCAAACAUUUGGCAACAUUGGCCAAUGUUUCGCCUUCAACCACUCAAUGUUUGAGCUUCGAGCCACAAAAAUUCCUUUGACAAUGAUCAGUUUCACGAAAUGUUCACUGAGGGAGAACGUUGUGCCAAGAUUAGGCAAAUCCUUCCUCAUGUGGGAGCUCAGAAGCUUAGUUUACUUCACAUUGAAAGGAAUUAAAGACGAAAAACCACUUUCUCCUGAAGAAAUCCAAGCUUCCAAUGAGAAUUUGAAGAAUGCCAAGGCCGCUUUCAGUGAAAGGAACAUGGAAUACAUCAGAUACGUUGCAUCUCAGUUAGAUUUGACUUUAGACGACCGAAUCAUGAAGAGAUUGUGGGUUGUUACACAUUACGUCCACUCAAUUGUCGUAAGUAAGAACGGACAAUUCAAAUACGACAAAAUUUUGGAAGUUUUCGACGGAAAAGAAGUCUUCCAAGACGAAACAAAGGACAAUGCCAACAUAAUACUGUAUGCUUUUAGAUAUAGUAUCGGUAUAUUGUUCCUAGUUUCUGUAGGACUUGAACCAGAGAAUUCAACUCCACAAUCUAUUUAUCAAUUCAUGGUCGAAACAGAGGAAAGCUACAAAAUAUUGCCUCUUAGGUCUCCUGAACUGGAAGAGGCACUCCAGAAGUACGAAAAACCUGUAAUUACUAUGGUUUUGAAUGAAGAAAAAAUUGAAGUUGUUAGAUUUGCCAAAAAUGAACAAAAUUGGUCCAUAUUUUCACUGGAAAGUGAAAGUAUCAGAGGGUUCUGGGCAAAUGAAGCAAGAUCUAUUCUUUUCUUCGCUCUUUCUAGUAGAGAAAGACAUUCUAUACAGGCAAGUGUUCCAACAUUGAGAAAUAUAACAAACCAAAGUUGUAAUUCACCUGUUGGUUACCCUGCUUACGUCACUAAUAUCAUUUCUUCAUACAGUGACAAAGAUUUUACUCAACAUUAG